AUGUCUAAGGUUCAGACACUUAUUACUGAAGAAAAUGACGGCGUAACUUGUGACCAACUGUUUGCCGAAAAUCCCGGAUUAACCUACAAUGAUUUCAUCAUUUUGCCAGGCUACAUUCACUUUUCCGCUGAGAGCGUUGACCUGUCGUCGCAGCUGACGAAGAAGAUUCGACUCAAAACUCCUAUGGUUUCCUCUCCGAUGGAUACCGUGACCGAAUCAGGAAUGGCUAUCGCAAUGGCGUUAUGCGGCGGAAUCGGAAUCUUGCACUGCAAUUGCACUCCAGAGUUUCAAGCAAGGGAAGUUGCAAAAGUGAAGCGAUAUAAGCAAGGGUUCAUUCAUCAACCGGUCGUUAUGCGCCCUGACCAGACUGUAUACGAUAUCAUGAUGAUCAAGAAAAAAUAUGGAUUUUCGGGUAUCCCUGUGACGGACACCGGAGAGAUCGGUGGCAAGCUGAUGGGCCUGUGUGCUUCCAGGGAUAUUGACUUUAUACCAGAAGAAGAAUGGAAGACAAUAUCCCUCAAUGAUAUUAUGAUACCAAGGAAGGACGUAAUCACGGCAAGGGACUCAACCACGUUGGAUGAAGCGUACCGUAUCUUACAGGUGAAUAAGAAAGGAAAGUUGCCAAUAGUAAAUGGCAGCGAUGAAUUGGUGGCUCUAAUUGCACGAACAGACAUAAAAAAGAAUCGGUCAUUCCCAUUGAGUAGUAAGGACUCGCAGGGUCGACUUCUCGUCGGGGCCGCCAUUGGUACGCGGGAAGAUUCAAAGGCACGUUUACGAAAACUCUGUGAUGCCGGGGUCGAUGUGGUUGUUCUGGAUUCUUCGCAGGGAAACAGCGUAUACCAGAUUGAGAUGUUGCGGUACAUAAAGUCCACGUACAAAAACUUGGAAGUAGUCGCCGGCAACGUUGUUACGAUACCACAGGCAAAGAAUCUCAUUGACGCUGGUGCCGAUGCCCUAAGGGUUGGAAUGGGCAGCGGCUCAAUUUGCAUAACUCAGGAAGUGAUGGCGGUUGGGAGGGCCCAGGCCACUGCCGUUUACCGAGUAUCGAAGUAUGCCAAAGCAUUCGGCGUGCCGGUGAUCGCGGACGGUGGCAUCCAGUAUCUUGGUCACAUCACCAAGGCUCUUGCUAUCGGAGCCUCGACUGUUAUGAUGGGUUCAUUACUCGCCGGAACCCUAGAGACGCCUGGUGAUUACUUCUGGUCAGACGGCAUGCGGCUUAAGAAAUAUCGGGGCAUGGGCUCUAUAGACGCCAUGGAGUCUAAUCCAGCUAGUCGGGAACGGUAUCACGUGAAGGAUACGGACAAGGUAAAAGUUGCACAGGGGGUCUCUGGUACGAUCAGCGAUAAAGGUUCCAUAUACGUAUUCGUGCCGUAUUUGAUCCUCGGCGUGCAGCACGGAUGUCAAGACAUCGGGGCGCAAAGCGUUGAAGAUCUAAGAAACAUGACGGAACAAGGUAGAAUCAGGUUCGAGAAAAGGACUGCAGGAGCACAACUGGAAGGUAGUGUUCACACGUUGCACUCGUAA